AAUUAACAAAUUGCCAAAAGAAUCUUUCUGUGUGUUUCCCGGUGGUUAAGUUCGUGCGAUCAAGGAACUGGUCUACGACGAAAAACCUCACGUGCAUAGGGCUGUAGCUUUUUGUUUGUGUGCACAAAUCCACUUUUUGAGAUUUGAAGGCAAAAGGGCAUUGUUCUUACGGUGAUCAUGAUAAAAGGGUCACUUUGUUUGCUCUAUUAGUUAGUGCCCUUGCUUUGGCCUUUGCUAAAGUAAGUACCUUCCUUUCUUCGCCCAAAACUGUUUUUAGCAUCUAAUCAUUAACCUUCAUCUUCCGUGCUUUCCCAAAACUGUUCUUAGCAUCAUCUAAUCAUUAACCUUCAUCUUACUCUAAAAAAAAACGAAGAAACUUUCUUAUACAACCCCCCCCCCCUCUCUCUCCUUUUCUCUUUAAGAGACCUUUUCUCCUCAUCUCUGCUUGCUCCUCUUGUGAACAAAGAAAGUGGUGUCUCCCUUGAGAGCUACACUUCCACUUUUCCACUUGAAAAAUUUUCCAACUUUAUCCAACAAGUGACAAAAAAAAAAAAAAAAACAAUGGCCCUAGAGGCCGUGGUUUUCCCACAAGAUCCAUUCACUUACGGUUGCAACAACAAAGACUUCUUGUACUCGUUAGUAGGAGGUGGUGGAGGAAGCCAAACCCAUGUGGGAAUCAUCAACAACAACAACAUAGACCACACCCUGCAUGCAAAUUGGGAUUCAUCUUCUCCUUCGGUGUUGCAAAAUGUUAAAGACCAGUGGGAUUCACACUCCUCCCCUGAAGCUUGCACUGUUGAUCAAUCCCUUCCUGCAGUCUUCCCUCCUCCUUCUUCCUCGGCCGAAGCCGCUGCCAUGGGCCGCCGCAAACGACGUCGCACCAAGAGCGCCAAGAACAAGGAGGAGAUCGAGAACCAGAGGAUGACCCACAUUGCAGUUGAGCGCAAUAGAAGAAAACAGAUGAACGAGUACCUCGCCGUGCUUAGAUCCUUGAUGCCUCCUUCUUAUGUACAAAGGGGCGAUCAAGCAUCUAUUAUUGGGGGCGCCAUUAACUUCGUGAAGGAGCUGGAGCAGCUUCUGCAGUGCAUGAAGGGCCAGAAGAGAACAAAGGAGGGUGGCUUCUCUGACUCAUCACCCUUUGCUGAGUUCUUCAUGUUCCCCCAAUACUCGACACGUGCGACACAGAGCAGCAGCAGCAGCAGCAGAGGCUACCCUGGCACGUGCGAGGCCAACAACAACAUUGCACGGAACCAUUCAUGGGCCGUGGCAGACAUAGAAGUGACCUUGGUAGAUGGCCAUGCCAACAUGAAGAUACUCUCAAAGAAACGACCAGGGUUGCUUCUGAAGAUGGUUGUUGGUCUUCAAAGUCUUGGUCUCAGCAUUCUUCACCUUAAUGUUACCACUGUUGACGAUAUGGUCCUUACCUCAGUUAGUGUUAAGGUAGAGGAAGGGUGUCAGCUGAACACGGUGGAUGAAAUUGCAGCUGCUGUGCAUCAAUUAUCACGCACAGUUCAGGAGGAAGCUGUUUUCAGCUGAAUUAAACUUUGAAAUACUAAAAGGCUAUUGCACCCUCGUUUAUCAAUAAUUGUGCAAAACAGCUUUGAUACCCUUGUUGAAAUGCGUUCAAGUUUGUAGGGUGUGGCCCGUGAAGGGAUAUAGAACAAGGGAUAGGCUUUGUACAUGCAUCAGUGAUCUCAAACAAGAUAUAUAAAUGUUCCAUUUCAAUAAGCUAGGAGAUGCUAAUUAAAGUAUAGGUUUACUCUUUUCUCAUUUUAUAUUUUUUUUUUCCUCUUUUGCUUUUUUCUCCCAGCUCCAAGAAUUUAAGCCUGAGAGGGAAAAAAAAGUGUUGGAAGCGACAAUCAAUUUAUGUUGUGGAGGCCCCCCUUACUGAACUGUGCACCCACUUGUGAAUUAUUAGCGUUAUUUUCCAGAGCACGAGCUUCGUUAAUUUCAUUGGAAUGUCUGUGGACCUCUUACAA